AUGUUACAAACAACUUAUACAGAAGCAAGUUAUGAGCAACCAGUGAAUGCUGAAACUAAUGUAGAUUUACAGCAUGUACCUACUUCAAAUGUUACUUAUAAACUUCGAGCAACAGCUAAUUGGGUUCAAAAACCAUAUGAAAAACGAAAUUUUUGGGAGCGUCUUGCUACAUUUGACCUAGCUAGUGAUAAAUGUUAUGUUGUUCAACCACAAAAUACAAAUCCACCACCUAAUCUUAAUGUUUGGCGUGAACGUCUAUGGUUAACUGUUAUGAUUGCACCAGCAUUAAUUAUUCAAGCACUCUGGUAUUAUAUUAUACCUGAAAAUAGUUUCUUUCAUACAUGGCAUCCAAUUGUAGCAUUUAUUUUCUAUCAUUUGGCUUUUGUUACUUUUAUUAUAAGAUUAGUUAAACAUAUUACAUAUUAUAUGGAUGUCUAUGGUACUUUUGAUGAAUAUAAAAGACCACGAGAUUAUGUACCUGAUAAAUAUGUAUAUCGAUUAAUUCUAAGUAUUCUCAUUUAUACAUUGGCACGUACUGGUGGUGGUCUAAUUUUAGGUGGAUAUAAUCGUUAUAGUCCUCCAUCACUUGGUCAUACUAUUUCUUGGGCUUUUCCAAUAAAGAUUGGCAUUUGGUUAAUUACUUUAGAUUUCUUCUUCUAUUUCUAUCAUCGUGCAGUUCAUACAUUUCCUUUUCUUUGGAAAUAUCAUAGUAAACAUCAUUCUACAAAACAUCCAACACCUCUUCAAUCAAUUCUUGCCGAUGAUUUACAAGAAAUUAUCGAGAUUUUUCUCAUUCCAUUAACUGCAUCUUUAGUUAUGCCAUUAUUAGUACAUGAAUUUUGGAUUGCUUCAACAUAG